UUGUUUACCUUUUUAAGUCUAAAAUAAAACUUAAAUGAGAACAGACUCACUUUGCUCCCCUUAGUAUUACAUGUCGCUUUUUGAGCAUGGACGGGAGAAAUCUUUUUCAUUAUUUCACUUCUUUUAAAUAAAAGCUCUGAACGAACGUGAUACCUCAAAGAAACAUUUUUCACGUAGGUUUUUCGAUGACGGACAUUGCAACCUCUACCGCCAUCAAAUUUUUAUUCAUUUUCUUUCCAGGAGCCGACAAUACAUAUCCUUGCAAAGGGACUUUUAUUUAUUCACUUCAAAAUAGAAUGAAUGUUUCCGUAGAGGCAAUGUAUAACACCGCGUGGUACGAAGGGCAUUGUGUGACACCAUUAUGGAAAGCAAAUAAAGCAUAUACAGGUUGGAAGAAUACUAUGCUUUUAACGAAACCUCGCUACUUUUACUAUAGCUUAUUUCAAGCCAUAUCUAUCCUUCCCUGCUUGCGAAAAUUAAGACUGAAAUAGUUGGUGUUAAUGUGAAAAUUUGCAGAACAUCCUACUAUAAUUACAAUUUGCCGACCAUGUUAUCAAAACUCGUGUUAAUUAAUAUGCAGAGCAGUGAUCAUUUUGUUCGUGACAAAUAUUAAGAAUUUGAUAUGAAAUAUGUAACCGACGAAGAGUGUGUAUAUUCUUAAACAUGUGCAUAGUCAGCCGAAUUAUGUUUAUCUACAACAGAAGUUGUAUUAACAAAACAAUAUGUCAUUGAUGACAAACUCGUUUAUGCUGUACAUGGUAAAAACGAAAUAAUGUUUUUUACCCUACGUUUCUAUUGUACGUGGAGAAAAGUUGGAUUAAAGAACAUUGAAAAAAAGAAAAUUACUUAUCAUCACUAGAAAUCCAAAUUGUUAAAACUCUGUUUAUUUUAUUGAUGUACAUUGAUCUGACUUUAAAUUGUAUUGUCAUCGUUGCGUGAUAUCCUGAAGUAUAAACACACUCGCUUUAUAAGCGCUGUUUUAUUUUUAUUGAAGGAAUGUUCCGCUCCAGAGUAAAAAUGACAUAAGCACAAUAAAAAACUCCUUAAAACCCCUUGAAAUUUACCGUACAAAAAAGUUUGGUACCGUUUUUUGCCAAACCCUUUUCUCUCUUUUAUUACAACAAAGAAAAGUAAAAACCCAAAACAUUUGGUUAGCGUGAUGAGGCAAAUAUAUGUAUCCUUAAGACUGAAAUACCACACCAAUUCCAACAAACUUCAAAUAAAUAACAUUAAAUUCCAAGUAAUUCCAAACUUUUAAUUACCUUCAGUAUAUCGCUUAACUUGGUUAUUUGAUCUCCUCUUUGUUUAAACGGUACUUAAUUUGGUACUCUAGGUUUACGAGAAAACCCAUAAAACUUUGCCAAAAAGUAACCCGAUUUGCUCAGAAUUUUAGCCAAUAAUACAUGUAGUAAAAUUAAAAAAGUAUAAUAACAAUACACUUUUUGUAAUCGAUUACUGCGCCAAACGCCAAUUUCGUUCCCAGGGUUUGCAAAAGUCCCUGGAACGAGGUUGCAGCAAAUGCAAACU